AAUAAAGAUAUAUUUUUUUAAAAAAACAAAACACACACACAAAUUGAGUAUUAUAUACAUUGGAUUCAUAACUGUUUUCCUAUACGAUAUUUCAGACAUGACGGCCAAAGGUUGUCCAUCAUUGUUUGGCUUUGGAACAACAAAAACAUUCAACAUUCCCGUUGAACACUUGGAUUUCAAGUAUAUUGAAAAAUGUUCAGACGUCAAACACUUGGAAAAAAUUCUUUGUGUGCUUAGGUCUGGUGAGGAAGGAUACUAUCCCGAACUUACAGAGUUUUGUGAAAAGCGCCUUCAAGGACUGGCUCCUGCAAGUAGGGCUUUGAGGAAAGACAAGCCUGCAGCGACACCGUCCAGUUUCACAGCAGGAGAGUGGGAAAAAAUUGAUGGCGAUAUCAAGAGUUGGGUAUCAGAAAUUAAAAAAGAAGAAAAUGAAAUGCAUUUUCAUGAACCUGGAACAUUUGUGGCAAAGGAAGAAAAUCUGCCUCCAGUCCGUGGCUCCAACAGUUGUCCUCAAGCUGCCAAGGAAAAAUAUUCUAAAAGUAGUCCAGCUAAAAAGAAAAUUCCAAGGGAUUAUGCAGAGUGGGAUAAGUUUGACGUGGAAAAGGAAUGUUCAAAAAUUGACGAAGAUUACAAAGAAAAAACUCUAAUAAACAACAAGUCCCAUUUGUCUAAAAUUGAGACAAGAUUAGACACAGCAGGCCUGACUAAGAAAGAAACGGAUUUUCUUGCUACUCGUGAAAGAGAAAAAGGAAAUGAAGCUUUCAACUCUGGAGAUUAUGAAGAGGCUGUGAAAUAUUACACAAGGAGCCUGUCGGUGCUUCCCACCGUAGUGGCCUAUAACAAUCGCGCUCAAGCAGAACUCAAGCUACAGAACUGGAACAGCGCUUUUCAGGAUUGUGAAAAGGUCUUGGAGUUAGAACCUGGAAACGUAAAGGCUCUUCUGCGCCGUGCCACUACAUAUAAGCAUCAAAACAAGCUCCAGGAAGCGAUAGAAGAUUUGAGCAAAGUCCUGGAUAUUGAACCUGAUAAUGAGAUGGCCAAAGUAAGUACAGAAAGUGAUUCCUCACUGAAUUCUAUAGUUUGCUAUUUCUGUAUUUAUGAAGACAUCUUAUUGCACAUGGCGAUUCUAUUGCAGAAAACCCUGUCGGAGGUUGAAAGAGACCUGAAAAAGUCUGCACCUGCACCGAAGGCUCACAGCGGGGCGAGGAGGAUGGCUAUUCGGGAGGUGGAGCGCGCCGAGGAUGGAAGCGCACCCGACGGCCGGGGGACCCGCGAGGGCGGCGGCGGCCAGGGAGGCGGAGGUGCAGGUGACCUCAGCGUCCUGUACUCAAACAGGGCCGCGUGUCACCUGAAGGAAGGAAACUGCGGCGGCUGCGUCCGGGACUGUGACAGAGCUCUGGAACUGCAUCCAUUCUCAGUGAAACCCCUUCUUCGACGAGCUAUGGCCUAUGAAACUUUAGAGCAGUAUCAGAAAGCUUAUGUGGAUUAUAAAACGGUGUUGCAAAUAGACUGCGGAAUCCAGAUAGCAAAUGACAGCAUUAACAGAAUAACAAGAAUUCUAAUGGAUCUGGAUGGACCACGCUGGCGGGAGAAGCUGGCACCCAUACCUACUGUGCCCGCUUCUGCACAGUUGCGAGCUUGGCGGCCUACAGCAGAGGUGCCCUCAGACCAAGUGGGAGAUUCCUGCAGCCAUCACCAACCUGGCAGCGCAGAUGAAAAAAGGUUUACAAUCCUUAAGGAAGAAGGAAAUCAGUGUGUUAAGGACAAAAACUAUAGAGGUGCUCUUAGUAAGUACAGCGAGUGCCUGAAGAUUAACAGCAAGGAGUGUGCCAUUUAUACAAACAGAGCCCUCUGUCACCUGAAGCUGUGCCAGUUUGAAGAGGCAAAGCAGGACUGUGACCGGGCGCUGUGGCUGGACACCGGGAACGUGAAGGCGCGCUACAGGCGGGCUCUCGCUCACAAGGGGCUCCAGGAUUAUCAGAAAAGUUUAAGUGAUCUCAACGAAGUUCUCCUACUAGACUCAAGUAUCGUUGAGGCAAAGGUGGAACUGGAAGAGGUAACCAGAAUCCUUAACGUGAAGGAGGGAGCAGCAUCAGUCAGCAGAGAAAAGGAGAGGAGGAGAAUUGAGAUUCAGGAGGUGAACGACGGCCACGAAGAGCCCGCCAGGACCCCCGAGGACGUCUGCACUGGCUGCCCUGCUUCUGAGCAGGGGGACACGCGCCGUGGGCCCCCAGAAGACCCCGAGAAACUCCCGACCCCCAAGCCCAGCAACGCCUACGAGUUCGGGCAGGCGGUGAGUGCGAUCAGCGCCAGGAAGGACGCAGCAGCCUGCGCGCGCCUGCUGGCGGGCACCGAGCCGCGGGCCCUGCCGGCGCUGCUGAGCAACAAACUCGAGGGCGACCUGUUCGUCCUCCUCCUGCAGGCCCUGGGGACGGAGCCCCUGCGCCAGGACCCCUCCCUGGUCUACCAGCAUCUCUUACAUCUGAGCAGAGCCGAGCGGUUUAAGAUGAUGUUGACACUAAUUAGCAAGGGCCAAAAGGAGCAAAUUGAACAGCUUUUUGAUGACCUCUCAGACACACCAAACAAACAUUUUACUUUAGAAGACGUACAGGCCCUGAAGAGGCAGUAUGAGCUUUAGGUCAAGACGACGGUUAGAUUCCUCCCACGCAUGCACGCGUCCGGCACCACUGAGGUGGUGGGGUCAUACAGUUGCAUGGAGAAGACCUUGCUUACGAGAGAGCCCUGGGUCUGGAUUAUAAAAUAUUCUACUUAUUUUUAUACGUAGAACAUGUAUAUUCUACAAUCUGCUUUUUAUUAGUUGUAAAUAUUUUCUUAUGUACCAGAGCUAACAUCUUUAUAUUUAAUAGUAAGUAUACUUGGAACUUACUCAGAUGCAUUUUAAUUUAUAUCAUACAUUUUCUUUUAAUAACUUGUUAAAAACUUGAGUUAAAUUAUAUUUCCUUGGGCUGUGGAGUCCACAGACUCCUUUAAGUUUGACAGAAAUGCAUUUCUUUAAAAUGCAUUUUUAAAAGUGAAAAUCAUUACCAGUGAUUAGUACAUCACCUUUAUUUCCUGCUAACACACGUAAAUAUUUUAGGUCCCAUUUUAUACUACUUGCAUAUUACAGUGUGCUAAGAUAAAUGCAAUACUUAAAUCCGUAAUAUGAAAUGAUUAUUAAAUAAAUUGUGAUUAUCAAUUUAGAGCUAUAAGAGCAACUUUUUUUUCUGAUAUGGAAGCUCUGCCUAAUAAUUAAGAAAAUUGCCAAAAAUUUCUACCACUUUAUACUAGACUUUAAAAAGCUCCUUUCCCUCAUAAAUUGCUUGUAUAAGCCGUAACAAAACAACAAAUAUAUAGAAGCAAACUAAGCCUUCACUUCUGUUGGAAUUGUCACCCCCAUGUUUCCCCAGCUUUUAAAUGCCUUCCCCCCUUUUAUCCCUGUUAAGCAUGACCGUAUUUACCCCCUUAAAGUAAACGGGAAGGCGAGGAACUC